UAAAAACGCAAAAAGACUGAGAACGACCUCGACCGGUUCGAUUCCGGUCUGGAAAAGAAGUGUCCGCAAAUCCGCAAUCUGUUGUGCAGUUCCUGUGUCCUGGGCCUGGCUGCAAUGGGUGUAUUCCUUCGUGCGGUGCUGUGUCCAACUGGGGCAGGCCGGUGAACCUUUUUCGUCUACCGUUCACCUUCCAUUCCGCUGCACCGUGUAAGCCCCCGAGGGCACGGACAGGGGCCGGACCACUCUCUGACGGCAAGCGGCUUUCACGGAACGCCCUUCAACAAAGCCCCCCGGUUCUACGGUGGACGACCAACGGCGGGCAUUCACCAUGUCGCUGGUCGGCGGAGGUGGCCUCGGCGGCGGAUCAGCGUCGGCCGCCGCAGCACUGCUUAAAUCGCCACAAACCGCUCUCCAAACCUUUCUGGAGGAAAUCAACUUCCAGCGUACGAAGGAGAUGCGACAGCUGCUAAAAGAUGAUGGCGGGUUCGUGGUACUGCAAGGAACCACGUACUGGACCGACCUGUUCGUGCGCCACUUCCUCUUCCAGUCCGAGCCGGAGCACAGUAUCGACUGUGACGAUCUGCUGUUUUUCGUGCGCAAAAAACACAUCAAAGGUUCGUCCCGGGCGAUGCCCAAGUACGAGACGGAGAUCGAGGUGUUCCGGAAGGACUCGCGCAAACUGCCGAUCGGCGAUCCGGACGUCGACUGGGAGGAAACGGUCUACCUGAACCUGGUGAUCCACCAGUUCAACUACACGCUCACGCUGGCCAUCUGUACGCGCACGUCACCGAAGGAGCUGCAGGUGUUGCGGCGCCACUCGCAGAAGGUGUACGCCUCGCCGAGCCGCCGAAAGAUGGACACCAAGGGUGACAGCGAGGAGAUCACCUAUCCGCACAUCUGCUUCAUGGUGGACAACUUUGACGAGGUGUUCCACGACAUACUGGUGCGCGACGGCGAAAUGGUGUGCGUUGAGCUGGUGGCCACCGAUCGCGAUGGCGCCGUUCAGGGCGUGAUCUUUCUCGGCUCGAUCCGCUACGAUGCACUGAAACGGGUCUACGACGCUAGGCAAUCGAGCCUCGGUUCGAAGGUAGCGCAGCGAAUGUCCUUUGGCCUUUUCAGCUCCGGUGGACCGCAGACGCGCUGUGAGUUUGUGCGGAUGAAGGGGCCGCAAGGAAAGGGGCACGCCGAAAUGGCCGUUACGAAACCGAAAGGGUCCGGCGUAGAGACACCGACCAGCGAACCGGGCUUCUGUGCGACCGACAUGUGGGACUCGGAAUGGGAAGAAGACUGCGAGGAGUACUACAAUUAUCGGCACCAGCGGCGGCUGAGCGACCCGAGCGCCAAUCUGAACAACUUCAACCGGUACGGAUGGCGAACGAAGAACGCAUCCGAUUCGUCGACGUCCGCGUACGGUGGCUCGAAGGCACGGUCCGAGAACGAAGGGCUCGACUGCCUGGCCAACGAGGUGUCGGAGAUCGAGGCCGGUGACUUGCGUGAUGAACUAGACGACGGAGCCUACAAUCCGCUCUGGACCACGAAGGGAUUCACACAAACGUUCCAUUUCUGGAAGGAGAACCGACGGCAGCAGUCGACACCGCUGAAUGCGUUCCUUACGUACGUUACGCUUCCCUGGUGGAGCAUAGCGAAGGAUUUGCUGGACCACCGGGAGCAACCGAUCCUAACAUUCUAGAGUGCGAUUGAACGAGCACGCCACACGAAGCCUACAAGGGACAGUAUUUCGUCCCUUUGGCCGUCAUAAAAUAUAAGCAUAGACAGCAUCGAACAGAAAACUAGUCACACGCGCGAAGAGGAGUUGCUUGCGUUGCGAUCAUACGCGUACCGUGUAUCCUGUCCUUCGAUCGAGGGCCGCCCCUUUAAGCUGUGCCUUUGUUUUCACUCUUAUUCCGCGCACGAUUAUGUGAUAAUGUAGCCCAAAACUCCACUCGAAUCUCACAGCGGGGACACAAGACUAGUCAGGUGAAGGCGAAUCCAAUCUCCGGAUCAACCCGAUUUGCUAAUUGUUUUU